UUAAAAUUUCUUAAGUUUUCGAUUUUGCGUUGCAUCGAGUGUUUUUUCAAACUGUGUGAGACCGUGGCUUGAGUGCUGGGACUGCUUUCGGAAAAAGUCACGGUAGAAAUAAAGUCUUGUGUGAAAAUAGUCCAGUUGAACGAGUCAACAGAUUCGAAAGUAUAAUUUUUUGCGUAAAAUUGUCACUCGACAAAGUUUUAUUGCGAGUUGACUGCGGUGUUUUAAAAGCAUCAAAAGAGCACCCUUCUUUACAGCACCGUUGUUUUAAGUGUUCACUUGUUUCACUGUCAAGAGAAGAAAAUGGAAUCCUGGGUUGUGUGUUUGAUGGUUUGCUUGUCUCUCUUCUUCGCUUUCAGCGAUUUAGCACAAGGAUGUCCCCACGGACACGGACAUGGUCACGGACACGGACACGGACAUGGCUGGGGUGGAUGCGGUUGCGGCGGUUGCGGUGGAUGGGGAGGAUGCGGAUGGUGCUAAGCUUUGAAGAUUAAAAGAUGGUGAAAUCAAAAAUGUGUUGAAGCUGUCUUGCUUGCAACACAUAAAGCUUAUGAAAAAGGGAAAACCCCUAUGAAGGAAAAAUAUUUGAACUGUUCUAGCUUCUAAUUUUUGGCACCAAUUGUUAAACAGCAUUGUUAUACUUGCUAAUGUUAAUAAAGUAAUUAUUUUGUGUUAAA